AGAAGAAGCGCCUCUGCAGUGUCUGACCCGAGCCGCAAACUUUCACUCACAAAACAUUAAAUUUACACAUUUUAUUCACUCUACGUGGUCUCAAGUCACGAUAUAUUUGUCCCGAUAAAGACUGUGACCUUUGGGGACAUUCUAGUGGAGAACAGACGUGUAAAAGCGCAGGUUUUGUCUCGUUUUAGCCGUGGCGGUGCUAGGGUUAGUUAGCUCGGUGGCUAACAGUCGCCAUUGAUUUCUAUGAACAGCGGCUAACAGAAGCUAACGGCGGCUAACAGGAGCUAACAGAAGCUAACUGGACCGUCUGUCAUGGACCUGUUCGGAGAUUUACCGGAGCCGACCCAAAGCCAAACCCCCGCCCCACUUCAAUUUCAAGAAGGCAGCCAGAACGGUGGGACCCAAGAUGGCGUCCGUAAGCGUAAACCGAGCUCGGGCGAUGAUGAGGAGGCGGAGGACGAGGAGGAGGUGAAGAGGCUCUGCACAGAAGGUCUGCCCGUGCUCAGAGGGUACGUGGCCGCUCGCCGAGGAGAGAGGGACGAGAUGCAAGACGCCCACGUGGUUCUGCCAGACAUGAGCGGCCUCCUGAGCGUGCGGCCCAGAUCUGUCUCUCAUCUGUCGUACUUCGCUGUGUUCGAUGGACAUGGAGGAGCCAGAGCCUCGAAAUUCGCUGCUGAAAACCUCCACCUGACCCUGGCCAAAAAGUUCCCCACAGGAGACAGUGAGAACCUGGAGAAGCUGAUCCAGAAAAGUCUGAUGGACACGUUCAAACAGACGGACGAGGAGUUCCUGAAGAAAGCCUCCAGCCAGAAGCCGUCGUGGAAGGACGGCUCUACUGCCACCUGUGUCCUGGUGGUGAACGACACGGUGUAUGUGGCCAACCUGGGAGACAGCAGGGCGGUGCUGUGCAGGAUGGAGUCGUCUGAAGGACACAACAAACCUGUGACUCUGUGUCUGAGUAAAGAACACAACCCCACCAUGUACGAAGAACGAAUGAGGAUCCAGAGGGCCGGAGGGACUGUGAGAGAUGGCAGAGUUCUGGGCGUCCUGGAGGUCUCUCGUUCCAUCGGAGACGGUCAGUACAAACGCUGUGGGGUCAUCUCCACUCCAGACCUGAGGAGGCGCCAGCUCACGCGCAACGACAGGUUCCUGAUUCUGGCCUGUGACGGUUUGUUCAAAGUGUUUUCUGCUGAUGAAGCCGUGAAGUUUGUGCUCAAUAUUCUGCAGGGUGGAGAAGGCUCAGAGGAGCAGAAAGACCCCAGUCUAGACCCCGGCUUGGACCCAGGUCUGGACCCGGUUCUGGACCCGGUUCUGGACUCGGCCUGUCAGCAGUUGGCGUCUGAGGCGGUGAGACGCGGCUGUGCUGAUAACGUCACUGUGAUCCUCGUCUCCAUCUCAUUCCCAAAAUAAAGUCUGUUUUUGUUUAUUCCAGUCCGUUUUUACAUCUCUAAAGUGCUUCUCGUUUUGCUCAGACGUUUGUCGAGGCGUGGCUGCUUUUUGUUCUUGUAAGAAUUCAAAAUAAAUGUUUUAUUUUCAA